AUGGCCUCACUCAGAGCACUCGUCGUGUUGAGCCUCGGGGUCGCCUCGACGCUCGCCCAGCGGAAUCCCAAUCCCACCGGUCCGCCUACCCAGGAGGAUAUGGACGAGCAAAACCGCAAUGCGAGCUGCGCUAACAAUUGCCUCUUCGCUGCCUGGCCCGAAGGCUACUGCGUCGAGGACCCAGCCUGCCAGUGCAACAACCAGGAUAAGCGCGAGGCCUACCUCUGCUGCGUGGCCAAGGAGUGUGUGACCGACUUUUGGAAACAUGCUCUAGAGUUAACAUCAGACAACUGCGACGCCUUUGGCAUCCCAUUCACCUUUGAUCUCGAGGGCGCCUGCGGCAUCAAGGAGACUUCCUCGUCGCAGGCUGCCGUCGAGACAAAGGCCUCCACCGUCACGUCAGCUGCCACCCAAACGGCGACGAAGACGAUCGCCACCGAAUCUGCGGAUGCCACCAGCUCUUCUGAGGAAUCGGCUGAGACGACUUCGGAACCCUCUGAGACCGAGCAAGGUGCCGAGGCGCCCUCGGAGACGCCAGGCGCUGCGCCAGCGUUCGGACGGGGCAUGGGCAGCGCUAUGGGCGUUGCUGCCCUGUCAGGAUGGUUCUUGUUCUAA